UUUUUCUUUUCUUUUUUUUUUUCUUCGGGUUUUUCUUCAUUUCUUGGUGGGUCACAAAUUCAAAUACGAAAGAACCAGCACUGAGAGACAGAUAGUGAAAGCGAGAGCGAGAGAGAGGGAGAAGGAGAGGGAGAGGGGGAGAGGGAGAGGGAGAGGGAGAGGGAGAGUGUGAGAGAGUCUCUCUCUCUUCUUGUGGUGAAGAUCGGAGUUCGUCUUUUGAUUGGAAUCGAGAUAGGAGCUUGGGGGCAUUCUUGAUUUUUUUUUCGUAGCGUUAUUUGGAGAUAAUCAAAUGGCUGGAUCAGAUGAGAACAAUCCGGGCGUGUUUAGACCCCCAAAUCUUCAAGGAGGUCCGCGAAGUGGAAGCGGGAAGUUUGCGGCAGAACAGUUGGGGCAUAACCGAAGAGCAUUAAGCAACAUCAACCGAAAUGUGAUAGCACCUCCUUAUCCUUAUCCUGUCAACAAGAGAGGCUUGUUAGACAAGCAUGGAGUCCCUGAUAACAACCCACCCGCUCUGGUGCAUCGACCAAUUACUAGGAAGUUUGCUGCACAGAUGGCUAACAAGCAGCGAUCCACACCCGAGAUAAUUAACAAAUCACUCCCAAAUACAAGUGAAUUAGAAGACUCUACUGUCAUAGAUGUUGAAGAUUACAAGGGAACUAGCGAAUACCCUGUGCCGAUGUUUGUGCAACACACAGAAGCAAUGCUGGAGGAAAUAGAUCAUCAGAUGGAGGAAGUGGAAAUGGAGGACAUAGCUGAAGAACCGAUUACGGAUAUAGAUAGCUGUGAUAAAAAAAAUGCAAUUGCUGUUGUGGAGUAUGUUGAUGAUAUAUAUGCUCAUUACAGGAAAACAGAGCAGAGGUCCAGCUGUGUCUCACCCAAGUAUAUGGCACAGCAAUUCGACAUUAAUGAAAGGAUGAGAGGUAUUCUCAUUGAUUGGCUGAUUGAGGUGCACUACAAGUUCGAACUGAUGGAUGAGAGUUUGUACCUCACUGUGAAUCUUAUUGACAGAUUCUUAGCUGCCCAACCAGUGUUGAGGAAGAAACUUCAGCUGGUUGGGAUCACAGCCAUGCUUCUUGCUUGCAAAUACGAAGAGGUCUCGGUUCCAGUGGUGGACGAUCUCAUUUUAAUAUCUGACAAAGCCUACAGCAGAAAAGAAGUGCUUGAGAUGGAAAAAUUGAUGAUUAACACCCUACAGUUUAAUCUCUCCCUUCCCACUCCUUAUGUGUUUAUGAGGAGGUUUCUCAAAGCUGCUGCUCGAACUGACAGAAAGCUUGAGCUUCUGUCGUUCUUCAUGAUCGAGCUUUGCCCGGUGGAGUAUGAAAUGCUCAAGUUCCCACCUUCUUUGUUGGCAGCCGCUGCAAUCUUCACUGCUCAAUGUACACUCAAUGGGUCUAGGCAGUGGAGCAAGACUACCGAAUGGCAUACUUGCUACUCCGAGGAACAGCUACUGGAAUGCUCGAUGUUGAUGGUUAUUCUCCAUCAGAAGGCAGGAAUUGGGAAACUCACGGGGGUGUUCCGGAAGUAUAGUACAUCUAAAUUUGGAUAUGCUGCAAAAGCAGAACCGGCUCACUUUCUCUUAGAGGACUGAUUUUAAUGGGCAAGGAGAAAGACUGACUGUUUAUUUUGCGACAAUUAAGUAGCUUUGGGGGGGUUUGGGUGCAAUUGAGCAACACAAGUUGCCCCUGGAGAAGCUAUUGGGUACUGGUGGGGGGUUUUAGUUACAAUGUUCAAAUCCAUAAGAACAUAAUAGGAUUUUUUUUUUUAAAUUCCGUCUCAGAAUAAUUUUGGGUUGUCUGUUUUGAUGUUUCUUCCACCGGAUUAUAUUACAUUGAGUUUUCUGAAUUCGUGUUUAGAAUAAUUGAGAUCACAAGAAUUUGUCGUGCAAUUUCCAACUUCAUGUUUAGAGUGGAGGGUGAGUAUAAAAUUUUCUUCUUGGAAAUUAUCGAA